AUGUUGGUACUAUAUCUAUCUAUCUAUCUAUCUAUCUAUCUAUCUAUCUAUAUUUCUCAUGUUGACUUUUUCGUAUACAACGAGGUUGCACCGCUUCAGCUUCGGCAUCAACUUCUAUUCGCUUUCUUACACAGCAUUUCCACAACCCUUCAAAUGGCUCCUACACGACGAACAUCCGCACGUCAGCAACUGAAGACCCCUAAUACCGUUAAAGUUACAGAUGAAGAACAGGCGACUGCGGAGGAGCACAUAAUAACUCCGGUUACAGAUGAUCAUAUAACGUCUACUUCAAACUCUGCUUUGUACUCUUCUGCGUGCCGUGGCGAUGACCAACCCGGCAUCUCUGCAAAGGCUGCAAAAACAUCCAGGCGAGGCAACAUUAACAGGCGUUCUAAAAAAGCCUCACCGGCUAAGGGGAAACGUGAGCAGGAUUCCAUUGAGUGCACCUCCCUGGGGCAGAACCGGCUGGCGUCUACUUCAACCUCUGCUUUGCACUCUUCUGAGUGCCGUGGCGAUGACCCACCCGGCAGUUUUGCUAAGCGUACCGAAAUACCAUGCCCACAUCGAAAAGCUACUCGCAAUGCAGCCGACGCCGCUGCAACGUCCAUUCGACGGUCCCAGGAGACCACGUCUGAGAAAACCGCACGUAACGCAGCGAAAGCUGAGGCAACGUCCAUUCGACGGUCCCUGGAAUCCAUGGUUGAGAGAACUGCACGACAUGCAGCUGACGCCGCUGCAACUUCUACUGCAAGGGCGUCGGAAAGUUCCGCGCAAAAGCGCAUAAGGCGGCAACGCGAUGCAAUUUCAACUUCCGCUGCUAGAGCUGUAGAAGGACCUACUGAAAGGCUUGAAAGGUUGCAGACUGUUAACCAGCACCGCCAUGCACAGCGAUGGCUCUGUAGCCCACCAAAGCAGUUUUGGUUUAAGCUGGCGUUCAAUUAUGAGCCAGUUUGGAGGCUUUCCGGUCGCAAAGACCUCCAAUUAGGAUCCAUGUCAGUUGUCUGUGGGCAUUGCAAUGCCAAAAAAUGGCCUGGAGUGUCUGCAGGUUUGUGUUGUUCAGACGGUAAGCUACAGUUGCCACCUUUUCAAGAGGUACCUGUUCCGUUGAAAGCUCUGUUGGAGGGUUCCAGACCAGACUCCAAACAUUUCGUCGCAAAAAUCAGACAGUACAAUUGUGCCUUCCAGAUAACCUCUUUUGGUGGUAAUCCCUUCCGUGAAGUCGGUUGGAAUCAUAUCUAUCUAUCUAUCUAUAUAUAUAUAUGUGUUAAGAAAUGGACAAGGUCCUUUGCUGUUCUUCCUCUUUCUUUACGCCUCUCUCUGGAUCUUUCAUACAUUUCCCUCUCAUCUUUGUUUCUCAGUCCCACAUAG